CCAAAUCCGUUACUCUUCUUCUUCGUUUUGCCAACACGUUACUUCGCUCCUUCCUCUCCAUUUCUCUGUAGCUGCAGAAAACAGGAAAGGAAGGUUACUGUUUUAAAGGGUCUUCCUCUUUUCUUAUCCUUCACCAAGAAAAGGAUUUUCUUUUUAUCUAAUCUAUUCAUCCACUCACCUUUUGCUUUUUUCUCCUUCCCCAGAAAAAAAAAAAAAAGAAACCAGAGAGGAUUCUUAAGAUUCAAUUUUUUACAGAUUCCCUUCUAUAAUAAUCGGAGUCAAAAUCCCAUUUCCUCAAUUCCCAUCAUUUGAUACAUUCUCCCAAUUCCCAAAUCAAAAUCCUCAUAAUGCUUUUGCCAGGGUUGUUCCUUUUCUUUUCCUUGUUUUCCCUCGCUUUCUCUAAUGAACCGUUAAAUUCUCACCUUCUACCUCGGCCUUUGAUCCUUGAAUACCCGGAGAACAUAAUCGAAACUACCCAAUUCAAGCAAUUGGACAAUGAGCUCCAAUUGCAGUGUACCAGCUGGAGAUUUGCGGCGGAGGCUAACAAUUUGAAUCCGUGGAAAACGAUUCCGCAGGAGUGUGCAGAGUAUGUCAGAGAUUACGUGAUGGGAAGGGGUUAUCGACUCGAUCUCGAGAGGGUGUCGAAUGAGGCUGGAGUUUAUGCCAAGAGUGUCCAAAUGAGUGGGGAUGGCCAGGAUGCUUGGGUGUUCGAUGUUGACGAAACUUUGCUCUCCAAUCUCCCUUACUAUGCUGACCAUGGUUAUGGCUUGGAGAUUUUUGAUCCAGUGGAGUUUGAUAAGUGGGUUGGGAAGGCUGUGGCACCGGCUAUAGAGCCCAGUUUAAAACUCUAUAAGGAGGUUCUGGGUUUAGGCUUCAAGGUUUUCUUGCUAACAGGACGCAGUGAGAAGCAAAGGAGUGUCACUGAGGAGAACUUGAUCAAUGCAGGUUUUCAGGAUUGGGACAAGCUUAUUUUGAGGGCUUCUGAUGAUCAUGGGAAACUAGCGACAAUAUACAAGUCAGAGAAAAGAAGUGAAAUGGUGAAAGAAGGAUAUCGAAUUCUAGGAAACUCUGGUGACCAAUGGAGCGAUUUACUGGGUUCUCCUACGUCAAAUCGCUCAUUCAAGCUUCCAAAUCCUAUGUAUUACAUUCCUUGAAAGUGAAAAAUUCUUUGAAUUGUUUCUCUAAGUAAUUGUGCAUUAUAUAGGGAUCUCAAUAUUGUUGAAUGUAAAGGCAUCUAAUCUACUGAAGUAUUAUUAUACUGAGAAAACUUAUGAUGCCAUACAAAAUGCUUAUAGUAUAUUAUUUUGCACAAGCUUCUUACUUUGUGGAAACACCAAUUAAUUUGGCUUCUGGUGUUAGAGACACCUUAUGUGUGAAAAAUAAAGUUGCUUUCCUGGUGAA